AUGGCUCGCGAAGGCUUCGUGCGGCGGAUCUGUUUAGCGGUCUCAUUUUUGGUCAUCUACAUCUGGACUUUUGUGACUAAAGAUCUGCCCCGAUUCUUUUAUAUAAGAAAGAAGGAUAUAACUGGAGAGGUCCUGGUAAUAACAGGAGGCGCCCUCGGGAUCAGCAAAAAUAUUGCCCAGAAACUGGCGUUAGAACAUGGAGCUAAAGUGGUGAUCCUUGACGUUAAUGAGGAAGCAGGUAACGCGACCACUAAAGAAAUCGUGGCCAAUGGUGGCAUUGCAAAGUUCUUCAAAUGUGACAUCUCCUCGGUCGAGCAGCUGCAAAAAGUUCGCCAGGGCAUCGAAGUCGACCUCGAACUUGGGCAUGUUGACAUACUCAUCUGCAACGCUGCCAUCUUGAAGUUUGGCAAAUUGGAUGCGCUCUCCUUUGAUGAUUACCGAAAAAACUCGGAUGUCAAUAUUUUGGGCCAUAUUUUCUGCGUCAAAGUGUUCUUGCCGAUGAUGCUAGCCCGGAAUAAGGGCCAUAUCGUGUCGAUGGGUUCCAUUUGCAGCCAUUUCGGGGAGAAUCUCGGGACGGCAUACUGCAGCGCCAAGUUCGCAUGUCGCGGCUUUAUGGAGGCCCUGCGCAUGGAGCUGAUGGAUGACGGCCGCUCGGACAUUGAGACCACGUCGAUAUACCCUUAUUUUGUGCGGACCGGUUUCAUCCAGGAGCUCGGCGAACCGUUUAGCACGUUCUGGAAUGUGCUGUCCGUAGAGCGGGUGGCUACAGAGACGAUUGAUGCGAUUCUGAAGCGCCGUAUGUCACAUUUCAUCCCCGGUGGCCUUUGGUGGCUUUGUGUCGUGGCGAAGGGG